AUGUUACAGCGUCUGCGAGUCAAGGUGAAUGGUAUGCUUGUCUCCGGCAAGCAGUAUCUCACAACUCGACUGGCCACCACUCUUCGAGAGUAUGCAGAAAGCAAGCUGGCAGAGCAGUCCGAGCAACUACGCCUACCAAAAUUCGGAGCGCACAAUUCAGAUGGACCUCCAACUUUCAACUUCGGACACAACGAGGGGACUCAACAAGCUCUUCACAAUGCUCUGGACGUGCUGAAGGAUGCGCUCAGUGCGAAAACUGGUUCCAAGGUAGCAUCUGGUGUCUCGUUCCGUGAUGUUGAUCAAGACCACCGAGGUCACAUGUUUGAGCCUGAACAUGCAUUGAUCUUCGACAGAACAAUCUCGCAAGCCUUACGCCAGCGCUCGUCUCUCCACGACACGCAACCCUAUCGACAGCGCAUAUCAUUUGAUUCUCGCCCGCAGACAGACGAACAGCCCACAUCUGCCGCAGACCUGGACAACGACAAUGCGUCACUUCUGUCUGAUUCCGAUGCCGAGACACAGCCUGAAGAUGAUGCAUCUCUUCGACAAGAAGUCGUCAAGCUCCGCCAAAAGAACGUCUUACUUGAGGUCGAGUUACUCGGAUCCCAACAGGAUCUCCGGCUACUGCGCCUCCAUGCGAUAGGUCUCGAGAAUAGAUUGGCCUUGACGCAAUUAUCUAUGGCUAGUCUGAGAGAUCAGAUACAGCAUAUAUCUCAAGCACAAGAAGAGAUGUCGAAGAAGCUACACACAGUCGUUAAUCAGACGGAGAAGGUCCCAGCAGAAUCACAGUCAAAGCUAGCAUUUGUGUUGAGCUGGAAGUCUCGCAACAGGAAAGGGGGUAUCUGA